GUUCCAAAGAGGGAAGAGCUUUGUGCAAAAAAGGAAAACAGAAUUUUAAAAAAAAAAAAAAAAAACAAAUAAAGAAAACAGAGUCCUCUGUUCUUUUCUUUACCGUUUUUGUUUCAAUUCCAUCAAUGAUACAAAAAUUCAGUCAAGUUGAACGCCGGAUUUUUUCAUUUCCGGCUGUUCAUCCUUGCGAAGACGUUUCUCCGGCAACCCUUCUCGGCUCCUUGAUCAGUCUUUCUCAAGAUAUCAGCAAUCACCAAUCAAAGUUCUUUGCUACUCAAAGAAGAAAUGCCCGGGAAACGAUUCGCCAAAUAGGAAUCCUCCUUGUUUUUUUUGAGGAGGUUCGUGAUCGCGGUUCAAUUGUUCCAGAAUCGGCUUUGCUUUGCUUCUCUGAGCUUCAUCUUACUUUCCAGAAAAUUCGGUUCUUGUUGGAGGAUUGCUCGCGAGAAGGAGCUAGGCUAUGGAUUUUAAUGAAGUCAGAGAUGGUGGCCACUCAAUUUCGGACGCUUAUCAAAACUGUUUCUACGGCUCUUGAUGUUUUGCCAUUGAAUUUGAUAGAUAUUUGCGGUGAAGUAAAGGAAUUGGUGGAGCUGGUGGCGAAGCAAGCGAGGAAGGCGAAAAUUGACAUUGACCCUGAUGAUGAAAGAGCCAUGAGACGAGUUCGUUCAGUUUUGAAUCGAUUUGAGAAGGGAAUUGAGCCAGAAUUUCAAAUUCUGAAGUGGGUUCUUGAUCAUCUUGAGAUCAAAAGCUGGUGUGACUGUAACAAGGAAAUCCAAUUCUUGGAAGAAGAGAUAAGCUCUCAAUGCGUAGAUGGUGAAGAAAGAGAGGUACCAUUUCUGAGUAGUUUACUGGGUUUCAUGAGCUACUGCCGGGGAGUGGUUUUCGAUACAUUGGAUAACCGAAAUACUGAUCAAACAGACGUUAGAUGCAACAUAGAUAUACUCAGUUGCUUGAAUCCUGAAGAUUUCCGCUGUCCAAUAUCACUCGAACUGAUGAUUGAUCCAGUGACUGUUUCAACUGGACAGACAUAUGAUCGGUCUUCGAUACAAAAAUGGUUCAAAGCAGGGAACAUGAUCUGUCCCAAUACAGGAGAGAAGCUGGCAAACACAGGGUUGGUCCCCAACACAAAUCUCCGCAAACUAAUCCAUCAGUUUUGUGCAGAUAAUGGGGUUUCUCUAGCAAAAACAGGAAAGAAAAGUCGAGACAUAACAAGGACUAUUAUGCCAGGCAGUCCAGCAGCUGCGGAGGCUAUGAAGUUUCUGUCAAAGUUUCUAGCAAGCAAGCUGCUUUUCGGACCCAGUGAGCAGAAAAACAAGUCUGCUUAUGAGAUUCGCUUGCUUGCAAAAGCAAACGUUUUCAACAGGUCUUACCUGAUUGAAGCUGGCACGAUCCCACCUCUUCUAAACCUCCUAUAUUCUUUCAAUAAGUCCAUACAAGAGAAUGCAAUCGCAGCCUUGUUGAAGCUCUCAAAGCAUCCUAGUGGCAAGAAAGUGAUCGUCGAAAGUGGGGGAUUGAGAUCAAUUCUUUCAGUCCUUAAGAGGGGAACAAGUUUGGAAGCAAGGCAGAUAGCAGCUGCAACAAUAUUUUACCUCUCUUCAGUGAAGGGAUACCGGAAAUUGAUCGGAGAAACGCCUGAGGCGAUCGCAGCACUUGUGGAUCUGAUCAAGGAAGGUACAGCAUGUGGGAAAAAGAAUGCAUUGGUAGCACUUUUUGGCCUUCUGUUAUAUCCUGGAAAUCAUCAGACGGUCCUAGAUGCUGGAAGUGUUCCUUUGCUAGUUGACAUUCUAACUUCAUCCGACAAGCAUGAGCUCGUAACAGAUUCAUUAGCGGUCCUUGCAACCUUAGCCGAGAGUUUCGACGGAACAUUUGCAAUUCUCAAGACGUCAUCUUUGCCUCUGAUCGCCAGGAUUUUGCGGUCUUCAACAUCUCAAGCAGGGAAGGAGCAUUGCGUUUCAAUCUUACUGUCUUUGUGCAGCAAUGGUGGUGACGAGGCCAUCGCUGCUUUGGCCAAGGACCCUUCGGUCAUGAGCUCCCUAUACUCAGUCGUAACGGAUGGUACAUCCCAGGCAAGCAAGAAAUCACGCUCCCUGAUAAAGAUUCUUCACAAGUUCCAUGAAACAAGCUCAUCCAGACAAGGGUGCCAAGCAUUUGAACAUGAACAAUCAGUUGAUGUUUGGUAGUUACCCUGAAUACGUCAUCACUUUCUCCAUGUAAUUAUAUACAUAUACAUGCAUUCUGGUGUGUGGAUUCUUUUUUAUAUUCGAAUGUCAAGACAUUAGCUCAGUUUUUGCAGGAGCUAAUCCUUUGAUUACAAACAUAUGUAACAUAAUUCUUUUAUAGCAAUAAAUAAGAUUUGUGUGAAAGAGA